AUGUCUACGGGCUCUGACCAUUUAUUUAGUUCCUCGGGGAAUGGAGCUAAUGAUGAAGCUGAACCUUCAUAUAUUUCCAUUCCUCAAUAUGACGAGCCUCCUGUGUCUAUAAAAGACUUUGGCCGUGAGGUCUUUGCUGACACUCCCAAAAAAAUCAAAGAGUAUUUACUUUCAUUAUUUCCCAUCAUUCGUUGGAUUUAUAGAUACAAUUUUGUUUGGCUUUAUGGCGAUUUAAUUGCCGGUAUCACUGUCGGUGCUGUUCUAGUUCCUCAGAGUAUGUCAUAUGCUAAAAUUGCUACUCUCCCUCCUCAGAUUGGUUUGUACUCAUCUUUUGUUGGUGUAAUGAUUUAUUGUUUCUUUGCUACUUCUAAGGAUGUUUCCAUCGGUCCAGUUGCUGUUAUGUCAUUACAAACAUCGAAGGCCAUUGCCCAUGUGAUUCAUAAGCAUCCUGAGUAUGCCAAUGACCCUACUUACAUUGCUCUUGGCUUGUCUCUUCUCUGUGGUGCCAUCGCUUUGGGAAUAGGUUUGUUGCGAUUGGGUUUUAUUCUAGAGUAUAUUCCAAUGCCUGCUGUAUUAGGUUUCAUGACUGGUUCUGCCUUCACUAUCGCAGCUGGUCAAGUUCCUGGUUUGAUGGGAAUUUCAAAGCUCUUCAAUACUCGUGAUGCUACCCAUUUGGUGGUUAUUCACACGUUACAAAAUUUAAAGCACUCGAAUCUCGAUGCUGCUUUUGGGCUUGUCUCAUUGUUUAUCUUGUAUUUUUCGAGAUGGCUUUUCGCUUUUCUUGGAAAGAGAUAUCCCAAGUACGAAAGAGUAUUCUUUUUUGGUUCGGUGUUGAGAAAUGCAUUUGUCAUUAUUUUUUCCACAUUGAUUUCAUGGGGUAUCUGCCACCACCAUAAGAAUCCCAAGAAGUUUCCUAUCAGUGUUCUCGGAACCGUUCCUCGUGGCCUGCAAAAUGUUGGCUAUCACACUAUUGAUCAAAACUUAGCUAGUGCUUUGGCUCCUGAGUUACCCAUUUCCACUGUUAUUCUUCUUAUGGAGCACAUUGCUAUUGCAAAGUCCUUUGGUCGUGUUAAUGACUAUAGAAUCAACCCCAAUCAAGAGCUUAUUGCUAUUGGUACUACCAAUAUGAUCGGUACCUUUUUCAAUGCCUACCCUGCUACCGGUUCAUUUUCUAGAUCUGCUCUUAAGUCCAAGUGUGGUGUUCGUACUCCUCUCGCUGGUAUUUUUACUGGUAUUGUGGUUAUUGUCGCUAUCUACGGGUUGACUGGUACCUUUUAUUGGAUUUCUAAUGCCAGUUUGAGUGCUGUUAUUAUUCAUGCUGUUACUGAUCUUAUGGCCCCUUGGUAUGUGACUUGGAAGUUUUGGAAGUCGUCACCAGUUGAAACUAUCGUUUUUCUCGGUGCCGUGUUCCUAUCUGUUUUCGUUUCGCUUGAAUCAGGUAUCUAUUUUUCGUUCGCUGCUUGUUUAGUAUUCUUACUAUUGCGCAUUUCGUUCCCUACUGGUCAGUUCUUGGGACGUGUUGAGGUGGUCGAAUAUUUGAAUCCAAAUUAUAGUGAGGCUAAUGGCGCUAUCGAGGAGACUUCAAGAAUUGAUAAUGACCCUGAAGAUAAGAAAAAAUAUGAAGUUGUUCGUCAAACCAGUAGCAGUGGUUCAGCUAACCCAAAACCUACUACUGUUAAGAAAUACACGUGGGUACCUUUAAAUCAUCAUAACAUUAACAAGGACGUGUUAAUUCAACCACCUCCACCUGGUGUGUUUGUGUUCAGACCAGGUGAGUCGUUUACUUUCCCCAAUGCGGCAAGACAGUUAGAGAUUCUUGUUCAAGAAGUUAGAAAACAGACAAGGAAGGGUGGUGUUCAACAGCAUCAAUUGACCUUAGGCGAGAGACCCUGGAAUGACCACGGUCCUCGACACAAGGUAUACGAUGAAGGCUUUGUUGAUGAGAGACCACUCUUACGUGCUGUUGUUUUUGACUUCUCUGCUAGUCCUCACAUUGAUUUGAAUGGUGUUCAAGCUCUGGCUGAUAUCAGACAGGAGCUCAACAAGUACGCUAAUCGUGAGGUUGAGUACCAUUUUGUUGGCAUUUUAUCAGUUUGGUCUCGUCGUGCUCUUAUGGCCCACUCAUUUGGAGGCGACAAUUCAGAGACAAGACCUGAGCGACAUUAUGUUGAAAUUUCUCUACGACAAGCUGCUGGAGUCGAUGGAUCUGCCACAGAGGCUGUAGAGGAAGAGUCCAAGAAAAAGAAUAAAUAUAGGGAUGAGGAGGAACGGGACACGGUUUCUCAACUGAGCAAUGAUGGAAGUUACAUCCCAAUUAUUGCUACGAAUACCCCAUUUUUCCAUCUCGAGAUUCCCAAUCUAGAAUUCCCUGAGUCUAGGGAAUAA